ACGCUGGCUUUGGAACUCCAGAUUCUCAGAGCUUGGAGCCAAUAGUCAGGUGGUGGCCGCAGGCACAGCCCAGCGGGCAUGGCCGAGGCUGAGCCUGAGGAAACGGAGGACCCAAGGUUGAAGACCCAAGGAUGCCGGAAGAUUCUCGAGACCCUCGAGGCGGCUAUUGAACAAUUCCAAUACAACCCCAGACUUACUAUUUCAGAAGAUUUAAAGGUUGGCUUUUUCACCUCAGAUCAUGCUACUCAGACAGAUUGCAGUGAAAUUUUGCCAUUGAAAGAUUUGACUCAAUCAACAGAAAAGUUAAUACAGAUGAUAACAUCACUUCAGGUGGAUUUUGGAUUCCUCAAAGAUUUGGUUCAGCUGAAGUUCGAGGACCGACUUAAAGAGGAGUCUUGGAAAAUCGUCAGUGUGCUUGAUGACAGGAUUUUAGAAAUGAAAAAAUAUUAUCGACAGGCUGAAGAUGUCCUGAGAAAAAGCUAUCAACAGCAGCUGAGUGAUGCCAUAGCUGUUGUCAAAGGAAUGUACAAGAAAUUCUUCGAAAUAGAAGCAGAAAAAGCUGCACUACAGGAUGCAACAAACAUCAAAAUAAAUGUUUUAGCAAGAAAACUGAAGGAGAAAGAAGAAAUUCUGAAGGGUUUGAGGGAUGAACUAGAACAAUAUGAAGAGAUUGGACUUAGCAAGAGUGAAACUUUUGCCGGGGAGACUGGCUCUCCGAAGACAUUCUCAGAAAAGGAAAUGAUGGAAUACAAGAUGGAGAAUGAGAGGCUGCAGCAAGUGAUCGCAGUCUUGGAAGAGGAAGCACAAAUGAACCUGAAAGAAAAUUCAAUGUUAGAGGAUGAAAUUAUGUAUCUGAAAGAGAUGGCAGACCAGGAUCAGCGAAAUAUUCAAAAGUUAAUGGACAGUAGAGACAGAUUGAGAUAUGAGCUGGAUUGCGAAAAACUUGCCAUGCAAGAUUUGAUCAAUAGGCAGAAAGAAGACAUGGAAAUAAGAAGGAAGUAUGCCAGCAUCAGCACCAAGAAAACAACCAAGGGAAGAGAUUCUGCUUUUUACUUACGGCCUUCAAGUCGUCAAUCCAAGAGCGUGACGUUAUCUGAAGAUGGACAUGUUAUAAGGCCACCUUCUGCUUCCCUCAGUGUAUCACCGAAGCUAAAAAGGAAGAUUUCAAAGAAAUAUGUUGGUGCCGCCGUUGUUCCUAGCUCUGCUGCUCCUGAAGCAGCUGCUGCUCCUGAGGCAGGUGCUGCUCCUGCUCCUGGUGCAGCUCCUGGUGCAGCUACUGUUCCUGUCGCUCUUCUCACCACGCCUGUUGGUUCUAUUGUCACCGAUUUCGUUGGAAAGGCAGAUAAGGAAAAGCAUGUUACAUUUCUAAUACCUCACCUGGUGCCUGAAGAAGUAUUGUUAAAAUUACAGGCGCUUAAGGAUGAAGACAAAAAAAAUUUACAGGAUGAGAUACAGAAAUUAAAAACUGCAUUAGAGAAUGAAAAGAAGAAGAUGGAGAGGUACUGGAAAGAUGCUGAUCGGAUCAACAAAAACUGGGAGAGGAAAUUUAUCAUCCUCAGGAACAGCUUCCAUAUUCUAAAGGAUGAAAUGUUUACUAGACACACACUUUUCCGGCAAUUUGCAAUGAUUGCUGACACCUCCUUCAAUUACAUUAGAGUCAAGCCUUUGUAUGUACACUCUGCAAUGAAUUUGUCAGAGACACCAUCUCCUACAAGUGUUUAUCACUCAUCCAUGAUGGAGCACAAGUAUAUGGACGUAUCCAAUGACGAGGUGUCCUUUGCACACUUGUCAAAAGCAAAGUCGUGGGCAUCUCCGCAAGAUUAUUUGGAGAAAGAUUUCAUACCCCAGGACAUGCCCAGGAGACCCACAUGAUUAAAGGCAUAGCAAUCUGGGCUCCGCAGAGCUGGCCUCAGAUGAAGAUGCUCCUCCUCAUCUUGGCUGGCGUAAGACUUGCCCACCCUUGACAAGUGGUACUGUCUCCAAGACGUUUUUAAACUGGCCGUUCAGCUUCUCCUCAUCACGUACAGGAAGCGAGCUCCAGACCUGUGCGUGCGCCUUUGCGCACUUUCUCAAGCCCUGCCGAAACCCUCCAGGGUGAAACUCUGGGGCUUCCUUUCUGGGAUUCAGAGACCUGCCCCAGUGCCUAAGGGUGAGAAAGAAUGGAUAUCAAUAAUAAUAAUAAUAA